AUGAGCGAUGAGAAGAAGAAGAAGCGGUGGGGGAAAUCCAGAAUUUCAGACGAAUCGACGGAGAAUUUCAGCAAAAUUUUCAGAUUCAGCCUGAUGAGCCAGACGUCGUUCUUGUCGUGGCGGCGAUCGUCGACUGGGGGAAGUAUCUCCCGAACAUCGACCUCCUCGGCGACGACGUCAUCAAUCUUCACACCAGCAUUCCCGCUGAAUCAUAACUUUAAUAAUAACAAGAGCCAGAAUCAGAAGACGUCAACGACAUCUGCCCUCCCAUCGGGUUCCUAUGAUCCACCGGCAUCGGCGCCCGCGCGAAUCCCGGUCAUUCACAGUUUGGUCAAAUCCAAGUCCAAAUUUCGACAAUGCGAUGUUUGUGAGCGAUAUUUUAUCUUUGAUUUUGUCCGGAGACAACAUUCGGACGACGUUUUCGCGUGCAGUGUGUGUGGAAUCCGGGUCCACAAGGCAUGUAUGCAACAGCUAGGCGACGAUUGCUUUGUGACAUCCGAAGUGAUUCGACAAGUCGUCGAAAAAGCCAUCGAACAGAAUAAUAAACAGAAAUGGGAGGCGGUCGAAGCCACGCCCCCCUCGAAUCGAGUCAUUGUGACGUCGCCAACGGAAUGUUCGAUUGAGAAUCUGGCAUCAUUACAGCAGCUGCCAGAGUGUUCUGAGGAUUGGCAAAAAAGUGUACAUAAAUCGGGUUCCUUCAACAACAAUCUGCCAGUAACACCACGAAUGGCGACGACGACAAUGACGGCGACGUCGACGAUGGAAGACGUGCGGACACUAGAAGACGUCACGUAUCAUUCAGAAUAUGAGAAUACAUCGGAUGAUUAUGAGAAGGAGUUGAUGCAAUGGAGAGAUAUCACUAUUCAAUUAUCAGAUGUACAUGUAAAAGGACGCAUCGGAGACGGUCGUUUCGGCACCGUCCAUAUUGCCGAAUACCAUGGAGAUGCAGCUGUCAAAUUUGUAAAUAUGAAUUAUUUAAAAGAAGAAGCCGAGAGAAUGGAUGUAUUUACACAGGAAAUUGUUACCGCUUAUAAGAACUCCCGCCACGAGCACAUUGCCCUGUUCUACGGCUACGUAGUGGAUCCGCCCACGAACACGUACGCAAUCGUGACGAAUUUCUAUCAACACAAGACCCUGUACCACCGUAUUCACGAAGCGACAGAAGACUAUGAGCAAUCGUGGACAUUUCAAAUUUCGCUCCAAAUCUGUCAGGCAAUGUCUUAUUUGCAUCGGCGGAAGAUUCUGCAUCGGGAUUUGAGAUCCAAAAACAUCCUUCUGGACAAUCCCAACCGAGUCGUCGUCGCUGAUUUCGCGUUGAUGAAGCUGGAGAGAUUGGCUCAUCCGAAGAGAGAUUAUACACUUUGUAUUCCGAAUCACUGGUUGGACUAUUUGGCGCCAGAAGUCGCUUCUUACUUGAUUUUGGAUUCUAGAGGAGAAUUCAUGCUCCAGGAGGAGCUUCCUUUCACCGGAGAUACUGAUGUUUAUUCGUUUGGAACAAUCUUCUACGAACUGCUGCUCCGCCGAAUGCCAACCGGCUGUGACUCUUGGGAACAAAAGCUCUACGCAAAGAUGUCCGGACAAAAAGCGACGCUUCAAAUUCGAUUCGACCCGAAACUACACGAACUGCUGAUGAGUUGCUGGGCGACGACGGCUGAGAAACGGCCCACUUUUGCGUAUAUUGUCAAACGGAUCACCUCAAUGAUGCCCCGGAAUAAGGAAUCGGCGAAAGCGAAGAGAAGAAGCACCGCCCAUGAGAAUCCACUAUUUUAA